CCACACUGUUGGGCAGUGUGGCCACCUGAAUACGUGAUAUUGAAUGAAGUUUGGAAAGGAAUCGAAUGGCGCGUAUCAUGGUUAUAGAUGUAGAUACUAAUUUAUAUGCAUAUAGAGUAAUGGAUUCAAUUAAAUUAUUGGUUAAAGUAAACGAAUAUUAUUGUGAAACAAAUACACAUUGAUAAAAGGUGGUCGUGUCUACUAAGUAGAAUCACGUGUUCCAGGAAAAGAAAGGAAGAAUUUAAAAAUGAUCAUACGCAAAAGAAUCUGGCCUCGUACCUUAAGUGACUUUUUUUCAAUGACUUUUAUAUUAACAAUUGUGCCUCUAUUAUAUUGGUUUGAAUUGUGGGUUGUUUUGCCUACGAUGUAUGGAUAUGGAACAUUAUCACAUAUUUUACACUUUUUGUUUGGAAAUUUUAUUAUGUUGAAUAUAGUCGGUAACUUCACGUACAUAGUUUUCUGUGAUACCAGCACCAGAAGAGAUAUUAUGCCAAUAAGUGUUGCGAAUACUAAAGAUGGUUGGAGACUGUGUGCUUCUUGCGAAACUCUUGCACCACCACGUUCAUGGCACUGUCCAACAUGUAACAUUUGUAUCUUAAAAAGGGAUCAUCAUUGCAUUUUCACUGGAUGUUGUAUCGGUCAUUAUAACCAUCGAUACUUCAUCAUGUUUUUAUUGUACUUAUUUGUAGCAGCAACAUAUUGUUUUUGUUAUAACAAUAUUUUUAUUUGGAAUAGGAUUCGUUUUGAGUUUCCUAUAUCGAUUAUAAAAAUUAUUUUUCCAUUAGCAAUAUUUGUUUUUGGAUUUGAUGGAUCUAUAAAUCAAUUUUAUUUACUUCUGUACAUUGUGUCUGCAAUAGGAAUGUUAUAUACCGGAGUUUUGUGCAUUUAUCACUUUUGUCUAAUAUUUAAUGGUAAUGUGGCUAAUGAAAGUAAUAAAAAGAUCUAUGUAUAUAAUUUAGGGUGGAAACAAAAUAUAAAGGAGGUAUUAGGCGAUCGAUGGUAUCUUACAUGGGUAAUUCCAUAUAUAAUAUCUGAAUUACCACAUAAUGGUGUAAUAUGGGACACAUCAAGUUCGUGGCAAUAUUCAAACUCUAAAAAUAAAUAAGUAUCAAUUGUGUAAUUUUGUAUAAAAACGUAUGCCAAAAUGAGCUACAUAGAUAAAUUAUGUAA